AUGUCGGCAAGCCACUGGAUCUGGAAUGCACAAUACAAUGACUAUUAUUACGUUACCUACGAUGAGUGUAAUCGACCGGUCUACCACUGGUUUAAGCAGACAGCGCAAGCACUGCCUCGACAGGACUCCGCCGCUCAACAGGACUAUGGAUCCUAUACGGCUCAGAUGCCAGACCCUGCACCUCCACAGUUCGGGACUUUGACAGGCGCCAUCAGGGGCACACCCCAGACAGGGUGCGGUAUUGGAACCUAUUCUGGUCGGGGAACGUUAAAGAGUGGCAUCAAUCCAGCAGAGCAUGCUAUUGUAUAUCUUUCAGGUACUGACUCAGAAUCGUGCUACCUGCCUGGUGAGCGGGAAGCCGGGAUGACUAGAGAUCCUAUCGAAGUUGUACCUGUGGAUAGCAGUGUCCGUAUAAGGCCGGAAUCGCGUAUUCGAUUUGGCAAGACCUAUCCUAUCGAGAAAAAUGUCAAAGUCAAGGACAUCGGCAUAGUGCAUCCGUCACAUAGGUACAAACUCGUAGCUUACUGGCAAGAUCGGGACGAUUAUGGUGGCAGCAGCUCAUAUCUGCGGAGCACGCCGAACUAUGCUAUAUCGGAGCCGACUCAGAUUCCAGACCCGGAUUCAGAUAGCGAAGAUGUGUUACUCCUCCGUAGAGAUGCCGAGCACCAUCUAUCAGCGGUUGCUCUCGAUAGUCGUUUGACUGGCGACUUAUCUUCAGAUUACCAGGUCGUUCAGAAUCCACGCGGUUUCUUCAAGAAAGGCACCGUCUUCAUGGUGCCCUGGCCGGAGCCUGGCGGUGAUUUUGUCAAAGAUCGAGUGGGCCCGCCUGUCGUUGUGAAAAUCAGAAGAUUCGUGGUGAUCAGGCCGAAGAAUACGUUUUGUUUGUGUCUGCCCAUUCACACCUACGGUGGUCAAGCAACUACAAAACCGGGAAUCAAUCCACAAGACCACGCUGCAGUCAUAGCCGAAAACGAUGAUGUGGACUAUCGGCUGCCAAAUGAAGCGAAGCUUGACAAGACGCCCUUGCGAAUAAAGGUCGAGAAUACUUCUACGGGACCAAUCGACCGUGCGUCGCGCAUCAACUUCGCAAAGAUCUAUACCGUGGAAUACAAUGUCAAAGUUUGGAAGCGCCCACGUCGUCCGUGUAUGCCCAAGAAAUGUGAGACUAUGGUCGAGUUCAUCGGAGCCGCCGCUGCGAGCCUGCAGCUUGCAAAAUACAGCUUCAGUGCUGCUAAUGCCAUACCAGACUUUGCACAACGAGUGCGCAAAGCCCCCACUACUCAAGGCCGUUGGAUCGACCAAGCAACGCUUCUUGCCAACGCAUCGCUGGAAGCUUAUAGACAACUUAAUACCAAUAUUAUCCCUUCAACAAUCAUAGAUCAUCUUACCGAAGAUCUGAAUAGUGUCCAAUCCGAACUGCGCAAGACCACGAUACACACCGAUGAUGGAAGAGUAGCGAAGAUGUGGAAGAACAUCAGGGUCGCCCUGUCAACGACCAGCGCGCCAUCAUUACUCCUCAAUCAGCCCGCAGCCUCUACCACGCGCAACAUGAUGUUCAUCGGCUGUGUAGAUCAACUUCAGAAGCUCCUCACGAAGAUCAAACAAACAGCGCAGUCUCUUACCGCCAUACAUGGCCUCGGAGGACUAGGGAAGUCCGAUCUAGCAAUCGAGUUAGCGCAUCGCAUUCAUGAAGAAACAUCAGACUUAUCCAUCUUCUGGCUCGAUGCCACUACCGGCGAAACCUUGACUACAGGGCUUCGCGCGAUCGAUGGCAUCAGAGAUAUCGCCAACGAUACGACAGAAGCUUUGACCGCUGCUGUGAUACAUUGGAUGAGAUCACCUAUCUUAGCUAAACGCCUUUUGAUCAUUGACAACGUUGAUGUAGACUCAACCUCCAGCACGAUUCUAGAGAACUUGUUGCGGCCGACACGCGAUCAUCACAUCCUCUUCAUUACCCGUAGUCGCCGAAUCGCAUUACAUUAUUCGCACCCGGCAGAUAUCAUCGAUAUGCCUACCAUGUCCGAAGGAGAUGCGCAACAAUUGUUGCUUUCGUACAUCGGGGCAGGUACUUGGGAUGGAGAACCCACCACGAGUUUAGUGGAAACGCUCGAGUAUCAUCCGCUAGCGAUCAAAAGCGCUGGAAUAUACAUAGCAUCUACCGGUACCCGGCUAACAAGAUUUCUCGCGCUCUUGGAACAAGAUGCGUCGUUCCUGACUGCGCUACUCGACGGAACGGCAGUUCCUCCGCAUCCCAGAGCGGUACGUCAAGGAGAUCAUGACCGCAUAUACACGCUCAAAUCCCUUGCAACUUGCAACGAAGAUGUCCCUGCGAUGCUCUUCGUCCUUUCGAGCUUGGAUUGUUCAGACCUACCAGACGACUUCAUUCUAUCUCUUGCGAACACGGACUCAAGAAGAGAAGCGAUAGACAUCCUCAAAGCAUAUUCGCUUCUCAAGCCCAUCACGCGAACCACAAGAUGGAAGAUGCCAGAGCUCGUGAAGCACACCGCUAGAGGUCAGCUGCUUUGCAGCCCCAACCGUGCUCGAUUUCUGGCAGCCGCUCUCCAAUUCGUUGCCCAACUCGAAGCACCACGCAUGGAUGCAACAAGUUUGGCCCAGAAGAAACAUGCACACAUAGCCUCAGUGUUAACAGCCGUCGCCACACUUGCUCCUGAACGAGAGUUCCCGCCAGGCAUAAUUAAGCUCGCCUUUCAACUGUCAACAAUAUUGUGCCAACUUCUGAUUAACCAGGGAAAGCCAUACGAAGCAAUCGCUGCGUCCUCUCGAUUCAUCUCCUGGGCUCCAAUCAGUGUGCAAAAGCUUGUCACUGCCUCCGACAGACUUUGCAGCAAGAUCGGCAUUGCUUAUUAUGGAAGCGGGGAGUUUACGACUGCGGAAACUAUUACGAGAGAGGUGCUCCGAUCGCAGAUCUACACUAUCGGAGAAGAUCACCUGGACACUCUUCAUAGCCUCAACAAUGUUGGCUUGUAUCAAUGGGAGCAAGGUCGGUUCUCUUUGGCGGAGCGUUGUCAUCGCAAAGUGCUGGAGCUGAAGCGUAUCGUAUGCGGGCCGUGUGACCUAGAAAUCUUCUUCACUUUCAAUAAUCUUGCGCUAUCACUGGAAAGCCAAGGAAACUUUGAAGAAGCGGAGAUCUAUUUUGUCCAGGCGUUGCGCGGACGACAAGCAAAGCUUCCAGAUUCACAUCCCGAUGUUCUCGUCAGUAAGAGCAAUCUUGGUGUCCUCAGGGGGCUACAAGGACGGUCUAAACAAGCUCGGCGGCUACAUGAGGCUGCAUUAAAAGGUCGAGAAGUCGCCCUAGGCUCGACACACCCAGAUACAUUGAAGAGCAAAGGUAAUCUAGCACUGGCGCUCCAGGAACAAGGUCGUUACGAUCAAUCAGUCCAGCUCCUUCACGACAUCUACCAAACAUACAAAGCAGAACUGGGCCCGUCACAUCCGCAGGCCAUCAAGUCUCUUCGCAACCUUGCCUACAUUCUACACCGGCAGUCCAAAUUUGCAGAAGCAGAAGCGCUGAUACGAGAAGUUCUUGAUACAUUGGAAGAGAAGCAUGGCAAGGGUCAUACGGAAACGUUCAAGACAAUACACUAUCUGGCUACGCUCUUGCAUUGGCAAGAAAGACUCGAGGAGGCGAUGGAGAUGAUGGCAUUGCUUUAUGAUAUGCAGAAAGCGAUGUUGGACGACAACCAUCCAGACACUAUGGACAGUCGGAGGUACCUGGCGGAGUUGGAAGCAGAGCUAGUGGCGAGUGGGCAAGACUCUCACAUCAUUAUCUCUUGCAUGUUAUGGAGUGACGAGUACCAGAGAUAUUAUUGGGAUCAUCAUGACGGGUAUAGCUGGGUCUUCUUUGCAUGGGCUCCUGUAGUCGCAUCGCCAUCUGCUCAACCUACGUCGCAAUCAUCGUAUCAAACGAAUGCAGAAAUACCAGGCUCUUUGUUACCACUAGAUACAGGCCAGCUUGCGGUAGUCCGCCAGGGUCACCAAGCUGUGGUGUACGAAGGCGAGAUUGGCCUCAAAGAGCCCAUCGAAAUCAAGCUUGAAAAUGAACAAAUCGAUGUCAGCCCAGCAUCUCGCAUCGACUUUGGGAAGAUACACCCAGUACAUAUGGCAGAAGUGCUGGCAGUACUCGGUGGCGCUGCUGCCCUCACCCAGCUGAUCCAUUAUGGUUUUGUAUCAGUCAGCACCGUUUCUGCCUUGUCGCAUAACAUACGUCAUACGGCGGAUAAGAUCGAUAACUGGAUCGAUCAAGCUCUUCUGAUGACAAACCUUAUCGACGAUAUCGACUGCUCAAUCCGCAACCAUACUCCAAGCACUAUUCAACUCUUAGGACAAUGUCGCAAAGACGCUGCAAGGCUACAUACUUUACUUGCAGCAUGCCGGAAGUACAUGCUUUCGCAGAAACGUUCAAAAGCAUCAGGGACAGUAUUUGUCAUGCGGAAAGAAGAGGAGGUGGAACGGAUCAUGUCAUCGUAUAGAAACAAUUUCAACAUCCUUGCAUCGUAUAUCACUAUGGUCAAUCUCAGUCGAAAUGCAACUCAACCAAAACCGAGCGUGCGUACAAAGCUCGAAACAUCAUCAGGACGUCUACAACACAUCAGAACAGUCUUGCGCACCCUCAGUAUCGAGUUCGACGUGCCUUUUACCCGAUUCCAGGAUCUUCAGCGUGGUCAUGAUCUCCAUGUGCAAGUCUCCGAGGUGUUGGAGACUACAAUGCAAUAUCCAGCAGACCCACUUACCUUCGCAGAGACAGCAGCUCUGACGGUCCGCUUUUGCAUGUAUCUCAUGAUGACCGGGUGUUAUUCGCGGGUCUUGUACCUUCUUGUUACAUUCAAGGCGUGGUCUCGAGAUGUGCUGCCAGCCUACUUCGAGACGGACACGACACUGAGCGGUAAAGAGAUAACUGCACAGACAUUACGCGGAGAACUCGACACGGCCCUGCCGAUGCUUCAUAGCCUGCAUCGCUCUCGAACAAAAUCUCUUGGAAGAUCGGAUAUCUGCACUCUACACAGUGUCAAUGGGUUAGGGCUGAUGUAUCAUACCAUGGGUAACAAUCGCGCGGCAAUACGUCACCACCAAAGCGCCCUUCGUUUGAAGAGCAAGAUAUUGGGACGCGAUGAUCCUGAUACGUUGAUCAGCGCAAACAACCUCGGAAUUGUUCUACUCAGUCAAGGAGAGCAUGAAACAGCGGAGAAUUUGUUCGAUAGAUCACUGAAAGGCUGGCUCCAAGCCUACGGGGCCGACGAUCUAUUCGUUAUCGCGGCAAGGAGCAACAUCGCCAUCGCGCUUCAUUUCCAGGGCAAGCUCGACGAGGCUGAGCACAGCCAUCGCUACGUGUACAAAAAGCGCCACCAAAUCUUGGGCCCACACCACCACGAGACCGUCAAGAGCAAAGCGAAUCUCGCUAUUACGCUCAAUGAACAGGGUCACCACAAGCAAGCUGAGGCACUGUACCGCCAAGCUCUGGCUAUCUUCCAGGAGAAACUUGGAGUAUCGCAUCCAGACACGCUAAAGACGCAUACAAAUCUCGCGACUGCCCUGCACGACCAGGGCAAGUUCGACGAGGCAGAAUCUGUAGUCGCUUUCGCACUCCCGCUACUUGAAAAGAAGUUUGGUGUGAUGCAUCCUGAGGCGUUGGAAGCUCUUGAGUUUCGCGCCAUUCUCCUGCAGCAUCUGGGGAAAUUCUCCAAAGCCCUUGGCAUCGCGAGAGGCCUGUACGAGGCACGCAAAAAGAAGUUGGGUUAUGAUCAUGACGACACGCAAAGAAGUCUGCAGCAUGUGAGAGGCUUGGCGGAAGAUGUGGAAGAGGCGCAGGUCAUGCACAGGUUUCCUUCAGCCGUUCUGGUCGCUGUUUGCUAG